AUAUACAUCGAUGUGAAAUCCUGUCAACUUCCGGAACAAACUGUUGUGUGUUCUGAAAUUAUUCAAAAAUCCGACUUGUACAAAUCGCUUCUUAUCGCUGGUGUCAAUUUCUCAAUUUUGUUUGUCAUAAUAUUGUAUCUACCGUACUGAAAGUUUCACAUAAUGGCACGCAGAUAUGAUACACGCACGACAAUCUUUUCUCCCGAGGGUCGUCUUUAUCAAGUAGAAUAUGCAAUGGAAGCUAUAAGUCAUGCAGGUACUUGCCUUGGCAUUUUAGCAACUGACGGUGUUCUACUUGUGGCAGAAAGACGUAAUAUAAAUAAAUUAUUGGAUGAGGUAUAUUAUUCUGAAAAGAUCUACAAACUGAACGAUGACAUUGUGUGCUCUGUCGCUGGUAUCACUUCCGAUGCUAAUGUAUUAACAAAUGAAUUACGUUUAAUCGCGCAACGAUAUUUACUGCAAUAUGGAGAGCCUAUUCCUUGCGAGCAACUUGUGUCUUGGCUUUGCGAUGUAAAGCAAGCGUAUACACAAUAUGGAGGAAAAAGGCCUUUUGGUGUUUCCAUCUUAUAUAUGGGAUGGGACAAGCAUUAUGGAUACCAAUUGUAUCAGUCAGAUCCAAGUGGGAAUUAUGGAGGCUGGAAAGCAACUUGUAUCGGACAUAAUUCUGCUGCUGCGGUAUCAUCGUUAAAGCAGGAAUAUGAUAAUAACAAUAUCACGUUAGACGAAGCAAAAGCGCUGGCUAUAAAAGUGCUGUCUAAGACUUUAGAUCUCAAUAAGUUAUCAGGAGACAAAGUGGAAAUGGUCACCCUAAUAAGAGAAAACGAUAAAACUAUUACAAGGAUCCUUCCUACGAGUGAAGUUGAUGCUUUGAUCGCAGAACACGAUCGUUUAGAAGCACUUGCUGAACAAGCAAAGAAAGAGAAACAGAAAUUAUAAAAAUAACCAUGUCGCGUAUCUUGUAUUUUUCUUAUAUUUUCUUGUUUAAUAAUAUUGUCCUGAAAUUCUA